CGUCGUCCCUCACCGUCUCAUCUUAAUCAGCUCCUCAAAAACACGUUUCCGCUCCAUUGUGUCUCGAGACGAAUCGCCGUCACUCUUAGGUGUUUGUCUAGUCGCAGAACCGAAUUCAAGCGAAGAACAUGAACGGGAGUAAGAUUACUGGGUUAAUGGCUAAGCUUGAUGCAGUGCACAAUCUCCUUGUGGAUGAUGUCAAUUAUGUUGGUGGAAGAGGUUUUCAGAAUCAGAGAUUUGAACACCAACAAGGGUACAAAGGUUUCUAUGAGAAUGGUCCGACUGGAUACACUCAGAAGUCUCAAUUCCAACAACCGUUUUAGAGUAGCAGUAGUUUCAGCUUCACAAGGAACUAUGAUCUUGCUUCUUACAACCCCCCCUCCACCUGCACCACUAAGCAAGAUAGAAUCAAUGUUGGAACAAAUUCUGGAAGGUCAG